GUCCAGCCAUGUCGAUUUCUACUUCACUGUGCGAGCGGUGCAGAGUCCUUCAAUUUAGUGAUCACGAACACGGGACCGUGGUAGAUUACAAAAGGGGCGAGCCCGAGGUUAUUUUUCACAAGUUUGACCCGGAAGGUGCUAUGCCUCAGUGUACGGAUGCUGAUGAUUUUCGACCGCAAGCCAUUCUCCUGAAUUAUCAUCUCCUUGACAAAUUGCCGGAACUUCCUGUCUUGUCAGCAUCUAGUGCAUCCGGAUGUGGCAUGUGCUUUGCAAUGCGUGAGAAAAUACUCCAACUCGAACACGGGGAAGAUCCCAAGCACAAGAGUGUGUUGAUUUACAAGCUUUGCUUUCGUUACACUAUUCGUGAGGCGAUGUCUCUUGAUUGCUUUUCUACAUUAUCACAUCUUGCCGUCCAUUUCAAAUUGAUCGGAGAUCAAACUAGCGACCUUUCAUGUACAGUCAGCUUCGAUGUGCAGGCUGAGAUAGGUGAUCCAAGCAGAAGCUGGCUUCGCAUUCAAAGAGCGCCCGUAUCCCAUCCUCUUUCUUAUAAAAGCCGGUCCCGCUUACGCAAGAUGGCAAAACGGUCAUACAAAUUAUUCAAAGACCCACACCUUCCUACUCGCGUGAUAGAUGUUGGCCAUUGGCUAACUCAUUCAAAGAUGCGCCUGGUAGUCAAUCAAGGGUCCCACAAACGGGCAAGUAGAGGUAAAUACCUUGCUCUCAGCUAUUGCUGGGGCUGUGAAGAUGAUGCAGCAAAGCAGCUCAAGACAACCAAGGCGUCAUUAUGCGAGAACAUGAAAGAGAUUAAAAUGGAAUCUCUGCCGAAAACUGUCUGCGAUGCGGUUCUCGUUUGCCGGGCAAUGCGCGUGCGCUAUCUCUGGGUGGACGCACUGUGCAUUAUUCAGGACAGUCACACUGACUGGGAAAGAGAAUCAGCCAAGAUGGCAGAAAUAUAUAUGUACUCGUAUUUUACCCUGUUCCCUUUUCAGUCAACUUUAAACCCAUCGAUAUCCGGCUUUUACUACAUAUACCACGUCACGGGGUACUACGAUGAAGAAUACGACAAGUCUCUCUUUGAGAGCCAUUCUCAACACCCGGAUUCGUUAGAAUAUCUCGAUCUUGCACAUUCUAAAAAAUCUCCCCUUGACUGCGAUCUGAAGGAAAGUCAAUGGAACACUCGUGGCUGGACGCUUCAGGAAGCAUUGUGUAGCCCUCGCCUACUUUUUUUUGGCACACGAAUGAUGCAUAUGCUUGUUGUGCCAGCUCGGCGGUCACAGGAUAUGUCAUUCGAUGAAAUUUCUCAGCCAUGGGGCCAGAAUCUCGACUGUGAUAAUAUGUCCCGAAAAAUAAUCCUAUCUCCAUCUGGAUGGCGCAAUAUGAUCCAAGGAUAUUCCGCUCGCCAUCUCUCUUACUCGCAUGAUAGAUUGCCAGCAAUAUCUGCAUUGGCUCGAUAUUUUUCGUCACACACCGAUAGCAAAUAUCUGGCCGGCAUUUGGAGUGACGAGCUUGAGACUGAUCUUCUCUGGGCCCCCCACGGUUUGACAACACUAAAGUCCUUCUUGACACCUCCGAAAGAGUAUUUGGCCCCCACUUGGAGCUGGGUAUCCCAAUUCAAUCCAGUUAGCUGGCCUCGACAUUACCGCCUCAAACCUGAAUUUAAAGUCGCAUCGAUGAAUACGACAACGGGCCUGGAUCGAUAUGGAAAAGUUCUAAGCGGGUUUAUCUCUCUACAGACGAAAGUAAUCCCGAUCCUCUCAUCAACAAUGAUAUAUCGCCGUCGAAACGCAAGCCUCGGCAAUAAUGUCGACUUUUCUUAUGAGCUUACAUCAGCCGAUGGAGAGUACCUUGCCCAUCUUCGCUUCGACUGGACAGACCUUGCAAUUAAUGACGAUGACAUCCUCGAAAGAAGGAAGGAAACUACCCAGCUGUCCAUGGUUCUGAUCUCUAGCUGUGAUUGCGAACCUAGGGAUCCCGGAUUUCAUGAUUUUGAUGGUUCAUGGCGCUUUUUGGGCUUACUUGUGCUACCGACAGAGACAUCUGGCAGUUAUCGGAGAGCAGGAAUUUUCCUCUGUGGACCCCGCGACUUGCAAGGCCCGAAGUUCUGGGAUGGAAUUGAUACAACUACCAUUACCUUGGUGUAA